UGUGUGUGUGUUGAGGGGGCGGACGUAGCGCCGAGCAAGGAGUCCCCAGAAUUUCACGGAUUUGCACUCCGUCCCUUCGCGGGGUCAGCCACCAAGUCGCGACCCCAGCGAUCUGCAGCGUGAGGAGAUGGCCUCUCCCUCGAGACAGCCCCCUCUCGGGGGGUCAGGACUGCUGCAGGGGAGCCGGGCGCGUUCUUACGGGAGCCUGGUGCAGUCGGCCUGCUCCCCCGUGAGAGAAAGACGCCUGGAGCAUCUGCUGCAGCCCGGAGACACCCUGGCUGGACUGGCUCUCAAAUACGGGGUGACGAUGGAACAGAUUAAGCGUGCAAACCGCCUUUAUACAAAUGACUCCAUCUUCCUGAAGAAAACCCUCUACAUCCCCAUCCUGACAGAGCCCAGAGACCUGUUCAGUGGUUUGGAUUCUGAGGAAGAAAAAGAUGGAGAGGAAGAUGGACGCCCAAGCAAGGAUGAUGCUUGGCCGCACUCCACUGAGAGGAAGAAACGAGAGACAAGUACAGGACAUGCCAACGGUGACGUCCCUCCGACGGCUCGCCAGGAACUUGCCACACCCACCCAGGACCUCUCAGCCUCCGAUUUCCUGAAGAAGCUGGACUCACAAAUCAGCCUGUCGAAGAAAGCUGCCGCUCAGAAGCUGAAAAGAGGGGAAAGUGGGGUACCUGGGGAGGGAGAUCUCCAGCUCAGCUCCCCUCGGAUGCAGCAGCGAGCAGUCCUAGGUCCUGUGCCCCUGACCCGGACCUCUCGGACCCGGACACUACGGGACCAGGAGGAUGAAAUCUUCAAACUCUGAUGUCUCCAGAACUGGUUGAAAGAAGCGGCAGCUUGAAGGGGAGAGGAGCCAGAGGUGAGGCUCAAGAACAUGGCUUCCCAGCCUGCCUCUGUCAGCUCCAGCCCCCUUGCCCUUCAAGAAUUCCUUAGCCUGGGGCAGUUCUCUUGGCAAGGGUUGGGUACUAGACUCCUUCCUGGUUCCUGGGCUGAACCUACUGCUGUCCUGCAGCUGCAGAAGGCUCUCUCUGCGCCCUGGCUGCCUUCCCUAUCCCUUUCACUGGGCCCUGUCAUUAGAGCAGGGCAAGAGAGGUUCCCCUUACCUCCAAUGAAGUCAUAUAAUUUAUUUGGUGCUAUGUUCAAGUACUAUUUAUUUGUUGUAUUCUAUUCCUUCCUACUCUUAGCUGAGAAAAAAAAAAAAAAACAACAA